AUGGGCCUCCCCUUGUUUAUCGCCCCCGUCGAGUCAGACCUCCCGUCCAAAGCUGCAGAGAAGAGCAGUGCGACAUCACCACCUCGUUCCAGUAUCCGUCGCUAUUCACGCCCUGAUCUGCGCCGCGCUUCGCAGCGCCGUCUUGUCUCCCUUCGCGACAGAUUAGCCAGUGGUUCGGCACAAGAGUCCAUCUCUCUUACUAGCAGAGAUGGCCGACCUUUGCCAUGGGCGGAAGUUGGUUUCCCGCCUGACGCGGAAACCGCAAGGGGUUCUGAUGGUCUGCGUCGACCAAGGCCGUUUCGUGACGUUUUGAGCGAGAUGACUAGAUCGGAUGACCGUAGAAGGGAACAACUCGAGGAGCAGAUCAACUCGUUAUUUAGAGAUGGCAGUAGGUCUCAGGUCAGAGUCACAUGGAACAAUUCUCCUGAUGAGCAGCAGCAGAGGCGGGCCCACCCACGAGGAGCAUUUGAGCCUCCACGGCUUACUCGUACUGCCUUGGCGAGACCACUAGUUUCCCAAAGAUCUUAUCAGAUGGACGAAGUUCUAUCCCGAAGAAGUCAUCCAAUCGUACAUCAGCCAUCAAUUCAUCGUCCUUUAUCUGAAGGUGAAGAAGCAAACCAGCCACAGUCCCUGCCAUGGCCGGAAUCGCAGCGCCCUAUAUAUCAUGACUCAAGCAAUGGCCGACGACAACGAUUCAUCCCGCCACAACGCAGUCGCGGUGUUGAUGGGCUUGGUGAUCGUGACAGGAGUCUUAGCCCAGAAGUGUGGGACACACUUCUGUCCACGCUCACCCCUGACCCUCAACCGCCAAGCGUAGGUUCCUCUUUUGCCUCAAAUGUUGCUUCUCAGAACACUGCCGCGACCUCGAGCACCUCCUUCACUGCCCCCGACCUAACCCAGGAUACCACGCUCGACCAGGCCUGUGAAUCCGGCUGUGAAGGUUCUGACACAGAAGCCCCUACACGACCUAUAAUGGAACGAAUUCAACGCCGUCGAGAUGAGAUGCGGCGUGUUCGUGUACGAGUGCCUACAUUCAGCAUUGCAGCUCAGCUUAGCGACGACGGCGAACAAGACGGUGGGGCGGUCGGCUUUGAUUCGAGACAUCAAAGAUCCCCGGACGGCCCAGUGAUGCGUGGAGACGGAAACACUGAUCCUGACAGAGCAAGCCGGCAUCGUCAAAUCAGGGAUCGAUUUCGCAGAUCGAGCGCCGCGUGGGUGGGACACUUGUCUGUUGGCAACUCGGAUGACGAACAGGGGCCAGAACGAACCAGACCUAAUGAAGAGGGCUCUGCAACGCCAGGAAACAACACGCAUGCAGGGGAUGAGGAAUGGCUAGGUAUGCUACGUAUCGUGCGUAAUUUGGCACGACGCGAAGAUAUUCCUGAUGAAUGGUGGGCUGAGGCUGGCCUCAGUCGAACACUGCCUGGUGAUGGGACAGAUUGA